AUGGCAAAUCCUGAUCUAACAUCCCAUCACGUCAACUACCUGAUAUGGAGGUACCUUCAAGAAUCAGGCCAUGGUGAAGCCGCUGUAACACUACAACGCGCUUGGAAUGAUAAUCCGGAGAGCCUACCUUUUGCUCCUUAUAUUAGAACUCAUGCGCUAGUAUCCCUGGUUCAAAAGGGUCUACAGUACUACGAACUCGAGCAGUCACUCGACAGGGAAGGAAAUCCAGCACCAUUUACGCCUUCGAAAUAUUUCUUUGGACCGGUACCCCUGGAAUCGGAAAUUCAAAAGGGUCCAACCGAGACAAGUGCUGGCGCAGGCCAAGGGCCUUUCUCGCCGUCGAACAAAGCGCAAGAUGGAGGCCUGAUCAACGGCCACUUAACGGCUGAUGCUGCCGUUGCCCAAAUUACCCCAACUGUCAAGAAAACCCGCAAAGGCGAUCGCGCGGAAACUAAUGGAGAUGAAGUUCCGAUGGAAGUGGAUUCCAACGGCAUCGCCAACGAGACCAAAUCGCAUACCGUGGAUUCAGCAUCUCUCGGGGAGACAGCUGUCGAUGGCGAUGGCGAUGUUAAUAUGGGUAUCCGACCUGAGUUAGCCGACCAAGAACCUCCCGCGGCACCGACGUUCACCAGUGUUGGCGUCCAGAUCACCCCCGCCAAGGCCGCCGACCUUAGCCCCGACACCGCCCUAUUGGACGUGGCUGUUGAUGAUCACGUGACCAGGACAUUGUGGCGCCCCCAGGACGCUACAGUUGUAGUUGCAGCAGGUGACACCUUCUGCAGCUUGUGGAAGUUAUCUUCGACAUCGGCACCAGUGCAGGAGAAACUUGUUGAAAGUAAAGGAGAUAACACUUGCGUUUCAGCGGUUGCUUGGGAUCCGCUGGGUCAGAAAUUAGCCGUUGCGACAUACAAUGACAUGCGAGGAUCUAUUACCAUGUACGACGUGGCCGGAAAUGCUGUUGACCUUUUACCGGAAGUUCCUCGGAUGAUAACUGGCCUAAAUUGGGCUGAAAAAGGAUCGCAUUUGAUCGUUGUCGCGUCCGAUAGCAAAAUAUCCGAGCUAGCUCUCUGGGACGACUCUGUACGGCCAGAGGAGUUUCCUUCUCCCCAGGUAAUUGAUGGCUCAAUCUACGAUCUUAGCUGGCUGGGGCGUAGCCAAGCUUUUGCCUGUGGAGGUACCUUUGUAUAUCAAUGUGACAUCGAUUCAAGCAUCCACAUCUCUAAGACAUUCUCUGCCGGUCGCCCCGACAAGCCCUGGACUUUUGUUCGCUGCACUAGUACAGAGUUAUCGCCUGUGGCUGUGGCAGCAUCCUCAUCUGGCGCUUCAUUUUGGAUUCCCACUCAUGAUAUCCAUAUGGAUAACGCUCAUGAUGGCGAUAUCACAGCUAUUGAACUGAAACCCAACCCGUCGGAGCAUUCGCAAUUUAAUCAGCCUCUAAUUCUUGCCUCAUCCUCUACCGAUGAUACCUUGAAGGUAUGGCAUGUCGAUCUAGAGCUAAGAAAGUUCGACUGCAUUCACCGCCUAUCCCUCGGCCAGUCGUCGCCGAUUCUGGCCAGUUGUUUUUCUCCCGAUGGGUAUGCUAUUGCUGCUGCUAGCAAAAACAGUCUCUCUAUUUGGAAUGCACAGCGGGGUGGCACUGCAAUGGCUACAUGGAAAUCUUCAAGCAGCGAUAAAGCGAAAAAGGAAGAGGGGCAAAGCCCUAUCCUCAAUGGACAUAAUGGAAGCAUAGAAGCCAUGCAAGAUCGCUCUCUAAGCUGGGAUACUGACGGGAAGAAGCUUGCCUUUGGGUUUGGCAAUCAGCUGGCAAUUAUAAAUCUGCAACGGUGA